CGUAACUUUACUAUCAACACAUGAUCAACAACACAACUUCCGUCGACGAAAAAAUGAAACAUCUCAGCUAACGGAAGGAAUAACACGGUUAAUACAAAUAUGAAACGUGUAGGAUAUUGGAUGAGUCAAAAGAAAAAUAAAAGACUCAAUUUAGAAGAUCACAAAGAAACAUUCAGAAAUGCUGGUAUAGAUCUUGUAAAAUUUGAUAUAGACCAGCCUUUAACAGAACAGGGACCAUUUGAUUUGAUUCUACAUAAAUGUACUGGGUUGAUGGUAGCUGCCAAAGAUGGGGACCUUACUGCUGAGUGUCAAAUAAAUAAUAUAAAGGAUUACAUUGAGAAGAAUCCUGGUUGUAUAGUAGUAGAUAAAUUUGAGCAUAUAAAUCAUUUAUUAGAUAGAAAUUACCAGUAUCGGUUGUUACUACAGUGCCAUUUAUUAGAUUCUGAUUCUCCUGUUUUUACCCCUUCCUUUGUAACUUUGACUACAGCUGAUGUACAGAGCAACAUACACAAGUUAAGGGAAGCCAAUGUUACCUAUCCUUUUGUAUGCAAACCUAUAGUUGCUCAUGGGAAGAAAGAAUCGCAUCAGAUGUCAAUUAUAUUUGAUGAUUAUGGUUUAACUGAUAUUCAGCCUCCAUGUGUUGCCCAGUCUUUCAUUAAUCACAAUGCAGUUCUGUAUAAAGUUUUCAUCAUUGGUGAUCAGCAGUUUAUAGUUGAAAGACCAUCAAUCAAAAAUUUAUUACCGAGGGGCCAAGCUACAAUUCACUUUGAUAGUAAUGAUGUGUCAAAGCCAAACAGUUCCAGUUUUUUGACUGAAUUGGACCAAGAGGAUGUCAGUAAAAUUCCCUUUACUCCAGAUUAUGAAAGAUUAAGAGAAACAGGUCUUAUAAUACAGCGACAGCUAAAAAUGGAUUUAUUUGGAAUCGAUGUCAUAGUUGAUUGUGAUAGUGGAAGAUAUGCUGUGAUAGAUAUAAAUGCUUUUCCAGGAUAUGAAGGUGUUGACAACUUUGUGGAUGUAUUAUGCAAUCAUCUCAUAAAUCGGAUGUCCUGUAAUGAAACUGUAUCAAGUGAUGCAGAACAAUAUUCUGAUGCUGAAAAACAGGACCAAAAUAAACCAAAAAGAUUAAAAGUUUGUAACGAGCAUUGUAUGAUGUAUAAAUGUCAGAAAGAGCAACCAAGAAACACAGAAGGAUUUGGUUAUAGUUCUGACAGCAUGACAUCAGAUGCUGAGAGCCAGGAUGAAACACCAUGGAAACAGCCGAUUAAACGUUGUUCUAAACAUUGCCAAAAACAGUGACCUCUUUUCCAGGGCAUUAUAUUAUAAACACAUAGUCAUUUAAGAUAUGCUUUUUACAAGUUUUAUCUGUUGAAUCUGUUAUUUUCAUUUUUAUGCCCCCGCCGUAGCGGAGGGGGCAUUAAGUUUUACCCUCGUCCGUCCGUACAUCCCAAAGUUGGUUUCCAUUCUCUAACUUUAGUUUGCCUCAACCAAAUGCUAUGAAACUUAUACACAAUGCGUAUUACCACAAAACACAGAUCAAGUUUGAAUUUUGGUGGCGUCACUGUAACCGUUCUAGAGUUAUGCCCCUUUAUGAAUGGAAAAAUUGCUGAAUUUUUCGUUUCCAUUCUGUAACUAGUUUGCCUCAACCAAAUGUUUUGAAACUUAUACACAAUGCUUAUUACCACAAAAUACAGAUCAAGUUUGAAUUUAGGUGGCAUCACUUUUACUGUUCUAGUUUUCUCAUGAAGUUCUAAUACAGUAUAUCAACUUAGAUAUGUUAUCUAUUGUACAAGUUACCCAUUUUACCAAUCCAUAAUUCUGAAAUAUAAUUUAUUAUGAUUGAAAAUUAGCAUUUACUUUUUAUUAAAAAGAAGUAUUCAUGGAUAUGUUAUUUUGUAUUAUUCUUAUAUUUGAAUGCUUUUUGCUAUGGAAGAUAUAACAUUUUGUGAUAGGUUAGUAUCUCUAUUAGCCAUAGGCUAUGAUCUGUAUUUGUCAAUUUCUAGCAUAUCAGUUAUUUUCUUGAUAAAUAGGCAAAAGAUAAAAAAGGGUGUUUUCAAUUUCAAAACUAUCUUAACAUAUAGUCUUGAAAUACUGUUGACUUAAAAUUUCUAUCCAAACAUUUAUAGAUCUGAAUAUUAUUGCUAUACAUAGAUAUAAAAUUCAUGGGUCAAAUGUGAAUUGAUGCCUUAUUUACCUAUUCAUUUUACACAUUAAAUGUUAAUCUCACAAAGGGAGAAUUUAUAUAUGAAAGCUUUCUGCAAAAAUUGAAAUUAUAGGUUUCAUAACAAGAGAGAAUUGGAUAUCGCUUGAUAUCAACUUGAGUUAUAUGAUCUCAAUAUAAUAUAGGCUA